UGCACUUGUAGCUUUGGCCACGGGUGGCGCUACACUCUAGUGUGAGCAUUACAAGUUGCAUUUAGCAGUCGAGGUAUGCGUGUUCGUGGGAAUAUGCUAGGUUGCUAUUUACCGCAAGGCUGGAAAGCCGAUUCGGACAAAUAAGUAUGGCAGAACGGGCUGAUUGUGCUCUGUGUUUUGACGCAGACUCAAGUGCUGUGGACAAGGAUAGCCCCAAAGUAAAAUGGACUCUGGAAGAGGAUGAAAACCUAAAAAUCCUUGUCCAAAAUUUUGGAGAACGCAACUGGAAUACUGUGGCCACUCUAUUACCAGGUAAGACAGAAUCGCAGUGUAUGCGACGCUGGAAAAAUCUGAGCGUCAAUGUGGCCACAGACUGCUGGACCAAAGAGGAAGAUGAAAAGAUCAGAGAGUUGGUGGGCCAGUUUGGCACCAAUCGCUGGAGUCUGAUUUGCAAGCAUCUGAAUGGGCGUGUGGAGACUCAGUGCCGUGACCGUUGGCACACCCACUUGGAGCCCCUGUUGAAGAAGUCCAGCUGGACCCACGAGGAGGACCUCAUCAUUUACAAAGCCCGUUCCGUCUUUGGGAACCGCUGGGCUGAGAUUUCCAAGCUGCUUCCUGGAAGGACAGAGCAUGCAGUGAGGAGCCGCUGGCACGGCACGCUCAAAAUGCAACCCGAAUUGGGCCAGGUCAAAAAGGAGUCGGACACCAUCUCCGUUGAUAUUCAGCAGUUUGUGGAAGGAAAGGUGAACUUCAAGUGUGACAUUUUAUUGGACACCUCGCCAGUAACUCCUGAAAUGGCCAAAGAUAUAAAAGAGCAGUGCAAAAUCAUCCAGAAGAAGUCCACGCUACCCACGCACACUCUGACAUCGAGAGGGACCUUGCCUCCGAGCAAUGCCCCCUUGCCCAUCCGUCCCACCUCGAGUGGGGUCACUGCCCCGGCAGAUGCGGUGGAUCAGAAAAAGUUUCUUGACGCUGCAUUGCGGAUGAUUGCUGAGGACAUGCUCCCACUCAGUUUCGUUGAAGGAGCCGGUUUCCGGUCCCUCAUGAGCACCAUCGGACCCGAAUACCACAAGCUGUCCCAGCGUGCCGUCAGCUUGCAGCUUUAUGACGACGUGGAGAGAACCGUCAAACCUCAGCUCAUCCGCGAUUUAAAGGCCUGCCUAUGCAAAUCCGAAGAUGGAGAGGGCGCCAUUCAUGUGACCUGUGACCUCUGGGCAGGCACGCAGUCCAAUCUGGUGGAUGAGCCCAUCGUCAUUGUGCAGCUCCACUUUAUCAGUGAUUCAUGGCAGAUUCGCCGGCCCACCGUGGCCUUCCGUCACGUGAGCCAUAAAGACCUGAGCGGCGCCAUAGCCAAGGAGCUGGAGGGCGUGCUGCUCGGCUACGGCAUCUUCCCGCAGAGCAUUGGCUAUGUUCUCAUCAACCACGCGAAAGAAGUGCUGGCUGCUAACAGCGUGUUCUGUGACUACAAGAUCAUGUGCCCGUCGAGCAGGGGGGAGCCCGACGGAGAUGAGAUAGUGGCCUUUCUGUCAGACCGGAUGCCCGAUUCCGAGUCCCCAUUUUCUGAGCUCAAGAUCGGAAUCAGAAUUGCGUGCGUGGCAAAAACGCUGCAGGUGGUGAUUAGCGAGGCGUUGAAGAACUCCAGAGUGGUCGAAAACCUCCUCUCACAUGUCCACAAUGUUGUGGCUUUCUUCAGGGGCAGUACGUACUGGAGUGAGGUUUUGCUGAAGGAGUGCGGCGUAUCUUUGUGUCCGCCCUCCAACCACUGUCGCUGGAACUCCAUGAUGGUGUCCUUGCGCAGAAUGGUGCAGGAGUCCGCUUGGAACGGCAUCCUCACAGUGCUGGCUCAGGCUCGCAGCGAGGCAAGCGACACGUCCAGUGCCCCGCCUCUGAUCAUAGUCAAGAGGGAGCAAGUGCUCGACAUUCUGGCUCUCCUGGAGCCCUUCCAGGAAGUCUUGCAGGUCUUGUUAGGAAAUGCAUUGGCGAUCUCGUAUGUCCUGACCUCUCUGGUCGGCCUCGAUAAGACGUUGGAGGGCUGUAACACGAACUACAUCCACUUCAAAAAGGCCCUACGCACGGGCCUGCAUACUCACUUCCAGUCCCUGAUUCACCAAAAAGAUGUGGUUGCAGCUGCCAUGCUUGACCCCAGGAACAAACUGAAGACGUUCACUGAUGGCCACCUUGAAGACCAGGCAGGCUUCCUCACGCCUCCAACAAAACAUGAGGCUCGCACAAUUGUGGAAGUUGUACUUGGGAGCCAAGCAGACUCUGUUAAUCCUUCAGCGGAAGAUCAGAAAAAUGAGGUGGAGGGGAGAGAGGAAACAGCAGCCGCCAUCCCAGCGGAGGUCUCCAGGGGCAGCUCGGACGACAACUGUGACGCCUCUAAUCUCGCUGGCGUCAAACGCAAGGCAGAUGAGAACAUCCCCCAGCUUCCGUCAAAGACUGUGACGUCAGAACUUGACGUGUACCUGUCAGAGCCGCCGUGGGGAAACGGCUCCAUUUUGCUUUACUGGAAAGCCGCCACUCGCUUUCCAAAACUGCAGGGCGUUGCCAAGAGACUGCUGUCAGUACCCGCCACCUCAGGGGGCUUCGACAGGCUCUGUCCGAUGGCAGCUUGUAUCGUACGGGCUAAACGGAACCGCAUGCCACCACACACCACAGAGAGACUCCUUCUUUAUAAGAACUCUUUGAAGACAAAGACUGGCAGGAAAUCCGGAGGGGUCACGAAACAGAGACUGCCCAAGUAAUCCGGUGAUUCUGUCAGAUUUGUAAACUGUGAGCAACUGAUAUACAAAUUACUUAUUUUUCUUAUGUCUGUUUUAAAAAAUUGCAAUCGUCAGACAGCCACUUGACUGUUUUUCAUCCAUGCAUCCAUUUUCUAAUCCGCUUAUUCUCACAAGGGUUGUGGAUGUGCUGGAGCCUAUCCCAGCUGUCCUCGGGCAGUAGGCGGGGUAAACCCUGUACUGGUUGCCAGCCAAUGGCAUGACAAUUUCUGAUCUGCCAUUGGCUCAGCCAGACCACAACCAACCAAAGACCAUCUGGCCCAAGGUCAGAUGGGAUCUGCUCCAGCCCACAAGCUACCCGAAUGUGAACAAGCGCUAUAGAACAUUUUGUAAAUCUGAGUUUUGAGCCAUGGUGUCCUCUGCCCAUAAUAAAAGAAUUUGUCAAUACAAA